AUCAUCAGGGUCCAGUCCCCCAGCGGGAUGAAGAAGAUCCCUUCGACCAAGACGGAGACGGCUGAUGCGUUUUUGAAUAAGGUGGCCACAGAGUUUGGGUUCAACUCCAAUGGGUUUUCUGUUUACCUGAACCGCAACAAGACCGGAGAGAUUCUGUCCAAGAACGUUACCCUCAGCUUGCUUAAGAUCAAGCAUGGCGACAUGUUGUAUCUGUUCCCUUCAGGCUCCUCCAGCUCCUCCGGAGAGGUGAUGGACACGGCCACCCCGCACACAUCUUCAUCGCUACCGUCCGUCUUGUCAUCUUCCUCAUCGUCCACCAUGAUCCCUCGGUCCUUCUCAGCACCCCAGGUCCAGGAGGAUGAAAUUGAUCAGUAUCUGACCAAGCAAGACGGCAAGAUCUACAGGAACAAAGAUCCUCAAUUAUGUCGCCACGGUGCUCUUGGAAAAUGUGUGCACUGUGUACCGUUAGAGCCUUUUGACGAAGACUACCUGAAUCACCUCGACCCACCAGUGAAGCACAUGUCAUUCCAUGCUUACCUUCGCAAGCUGACCGGUGGAGCUGAUAAAGGGAAGUUUGCAGCUCUGGAGAACAUCAGCUGUAAGAUCAAGUCAGGCUGUGAGGGCCACCCUCCGUGGCCAGAGGGGAUCUGCACUAAGUGCCAGCCCAGCGCGAUCACACUGAACAGACAGAAAUACAGACACGUGGAUAACAUCAUGUUUGAGAACCACACCAUUGCCAACCGCUUCCUGGACUUCUGGAGGAAGACGGGCAGUCAGAGGAUGGGAUACUUGUACGGCAAGUACACUGAGCACAAAGACAUCCCGCUGGGCAUCAGAGCUGAGGUGGCUGCCAUCUACGAACCUCCACAGAAUGCCACCCAGAACAGCCUGGAAAUGUUGGAGGAUCCCAAAGCUGCAGCUGUGGAUGAAAUUGCUGCCAAACUGGGCCUGUGCAAGGUUGGCUGGAUCUUCACAGACCUGCUCUCUGAGGAUACGAGGAUAGGCACUGUCCGCUACACAAGAAACCAGGACUCACACUACCUGAGCGCAGAGGAGUGCAUCACAGCAGGCUACUUCCAGAAUCUACACUCGAACCCCUGCAGACUCUCUCGAGACGGACAUUUUGGAUCCAAAUUUGUGACGGCGCUGGCGACAGGGAGUCCAGAUAACCAGGUGCACUUUGAAGGAUACCAGGUGUCCAAUCAGUGCAUGGCUCUGGUGAGAGACGAGUGUCUGCUGCCCUGCAAAGACGCUCCAGAGCUGGGCUACGCUAAAGAGUCGAGCCCCGAGCAGUACGUCCCCGACGUCUUCUUCAAGGACACGGACAAGUUUGGAAAUGAUGUCACGUUUCUCGCUCGGCCUCUUCCUGUGGAGUAUCUUAUUAUAGAUAUCACCACCACUUUUCCAAAGGAUCCUCAGUUCACCUUCUGCUCCAAACAACACUUCCCCAUCGAGAACCGCGAUAUACUCGGAGAGACACAAGACUUCCACAGUUUAGCGACGUACCUGUCCCAGAGCACCUCCACGGCUUUCCUGGACAUCGUGUCCGACUUCCAUCUGCUCCUCUUCCUCGUCACCAAUGAAGUCAUGCCUCUGAGAGACAGCAUCGGGUUGCUACUCGAGGCAGUGAAGACUUCUAACGAGGAUCUGGCGCAGACCUGGAAGAAGUCUGAGCAGUGGGCCACCAUCGAGCAGCUGUGCAGUACGGUGGGCGGGCAACCCUCCAGCUCUCUGGGUUACGGGGCCAUGGGGGGCCCCUCAGUCCCGGCCUCCUCCUCAGCCAUGUGGUCCUGCCUCCACUGCACCUUCAUGAACCAGCCCGGCACAGAGCACUGUGAAAUGUGCAGCCUGCCCCGCAGUUAAAAACCCGCCACCCUUCACCUCCCCCCUCCCCCCUGCUUCCGUGAUCUCACACAGCCCCGCCCAGCUGCCCUCUUAACUCGCCAAUGACGCCACUGCACCCGGAGCAGCUGCGAAGUUCAGAAUUCGGUUUCUCUCGCCUCGGUCGUUGCCGCCUCACUGCUGCUGUGACGAGUGGAGGGAUGCACCUGUUUACAUCCAGUUCGUUCAAUAAAUAAAGUUCAAUCAGACUGUUCUGUGUGUGUCCCUCCUCACAGCGGCUCUGGUGAGCGGCGGGCUUCUUUACAGUUCAGCACUUUUGGCUGAGGCCCUUUCCCCUGAAAUAACCCCCCCCCCUCCCCCGGCUCAGAUAAAUCUUGCUGUGACUCAGGACGACAGCAAAGACUCGAGUGUUUGGACGUCCUCUCACAUCAGUGCCCCGCUCACUCUCACUUCGUCUUCUGGAGAAUUUUGCUGUGUAUAAAUACAUUUGAGGAAUGAAACUGUUAUUUAAUUAAGCAUCUUUUUUUUUUCUUUUUUUUUUUUUAUCCGAUUGUAGCGAUACCUUAAAAUUUUGAAUCUCCAGCGUGGACUCUGCUCCGUCAGGUUUUUACAGGCCUUGGUCUCUUUGACGAGCCCCUUCAGUACAAUCAUCAGACGGAAACGUUGAGGGCUCCAGAGUUGUUCGGUUCAAGUAGAGUUUAUUUUCAGUAUUAAAGAAAAGUCGUGGAUUAGAAAACGUUGAUAACAUCCUCCAGUGAGUGCAGCUUGUCCCGUUGGUGACCGACGUCCCUCUAACUCGAAGUGGUUCCUCAACAUCUUUCACUGGUUCGUUGGAAUUGUAGUUUUUAGUUUUGAUGGUUUGUUCUGUCUCUGGUAAAACGACACCAUCCAUCGCCAUCACGACGUGCUCGUAGAAACAACUGGUGCUCGCCACUUCCCUCUCUGUCACAUCCCCCGCACCUGGUUCUUGUCUUUCCCUUUUCCCGCCGUCAGAUCGGAACCAGCUUUUCUCCGCUGAUGAGCCCCCCUGGGUCUUUCCAUCGUUCAGUCUUCAAAACAGUUUCCUGCUCGGACAGAAAGAGUUUGCGGGUCAAUGGGGCGGAGAGAGAUACAGACGCUAUCGCGUGUCUCUUCUGAUGUCUCGUCUGUCAGCAGGAUGACGAUGAGCAGCUUUUAAAAAGACGUCGGUCGUGUAAUUACUCCCUCGACUUCCCCCCCAGAGACCCUGAGCGUCCUCCGGCAGCAGAGGAGGCUUGAAUGAUGUUUGCAGAUUUACAGUGUGUCUGAUGCAGCUCAGUCUGAAAACAGUGAGAAUCACUCAGCUGUCAGACGAACCCUGACAAAUAUGCACGUUGGCUUUAUCUAGUUAACGGACGUGAAGUAAAUUUAACAUGUGAUUCUCACGACUCUCACGAAAAGAGCAGAAAUGUCCCAGAACGAAAAACUUCUCCAAACCUCAAGAGAAAUAAAACGAGUGUCUCCAUGUCCCAUUCAAAGAAUUUAGAGAAACCUUCUGUUCAACUUGUUCCAGUCGACUUCAACGUUCGAAUCCUUCGGGUUCAGUUGGUUUAACGUCAUUAACGUGUGACAGCAAAACGUUUCCUCCGUCUGCACUUCGUCCAAAAUGAUCAGAAACAUCUCGAACACAUCGAUGGAUAAAACCACGUCAUCGCUCGUACACGGAGCCCAGCAGAACUGAUGCCCGUGUGUGUCAGCAGAGGGCGCUGUUGCUCAGUCAAAGUUACUUAGUGUUGCUUUAAAGUUUUAAAGACAAUUAGCACUUGAGGACUCUGAUGCCUUUUACUGCUCAUUUAAUAUGAGAGAAUCACAAAUGAAACAGUUUGGUGUCUUUUAUUCUUAAAUAGCGAAUGACACAGAUUCUAAAAUUAAACCACAAAAGACAGUUUCCCAUAUUUGCCUCAUUUGACUGAUCUGGAAUCAUUUAACUCUACGACCUCGACACGUCGACUGAACUCCACUCACACAUAUCAAUACGUCACGUAGCUCCGCACUGUUGCGUCCGAUCCCUUCAUUGAUUCUUUACUAAACAUCUGAAAGAAAACUGAGCGAAUCCCUAAGAACUGUCCACUUGACCCGGGGUCGUCGUCUCCGGGGAAACGGGCCUCUUCAGUAAAGUGGGCGGGUCACGGGCCGCACAUUUAGAUAUUUAUGAGACGUGUGCUUCUAAGUAAGAGCUUGACAGUUAUUCCAUGGAUGAAGUGAGAAUAUAUUUUAAUUGUAGAUUCAUUUGAAAAUGCUUGGAUUGUUUUUGCCCCCUGUGUGAAUAAUGUGAGAGCAUCUUCUCUGAUGUCAUGGUAACGGACGGCAGCGACCUUUUCCUUUUGUACUCGUCCGGGACCCGUUUGCUGAGCAAGCUCGCUCCUGGAGUUACUGCAGGUCCUCACGUUCCGCCGAGUUAACAAAGGACGCUGAGAGUCGUGUGCUGUUCACCUGGAUUUGAAAAUAGAAUAAAAAAAUUUAAAUAAACAACAAAAAUUUCCUUUUGCACAAAA